CGUCCACAUUCUGUCUGUUUCGAUGGGUCUCCGGUUCCCCCUGCACCCAUUCCUUCGGGAAUACCUCAGGUACGUGGGUUUGGUCCCCUGCCAAUUGACGCCCAAUAGCCACUCGUAUGUGGUGGGCUUUCUGAACCUCUGCCGGUCCCGAGGGGUGACCCCCAGCCUGGAUUUGUUCUUCCAGAGCUUCAACCUCUGCCGGGGGGGUCACGCGAAUGCCGAGGGCUUCGCUAACCUGCAGCAGAUAGCUAGGUGGAAGCUAUUUACAGAGGCGCCUUCGUCAAAUAAAGGCUGGAAGGAGUGGUGGUGUUUCGUCAGAGUGGACGAGAGCCCAUUCCCGAGGAAACUUCGGGAUCGCUUCCGUCGCCAUCCGAAGGAUGGAAAUGCCGCUCUCGAGAAGGAUGGCCUGAUAAUAGCCAAGAUUCCGGAGGGUCGCACGAAGAAUGUGUCUAUCAAAGACUACACCCUCGACGAGGAUCUUUACUCCCUCGGCUUCCGGAGAUAUCGCUUCCUUGGGGAAACGGACGAGAAGUACCCUGAGUUGGACAAAGCCUUCGAGGGAGCAGGAGGUAGUAGUCGAUGGCUCCCCGUUUUGCACUUAGGAAUUUUUCCUUCUUCUUUUUUUUUGUUCACGCUUUUUUUUACCCUCGGUGUAAUUGUUUUUUGUCAUUUGCAGGCGUGAAAAUGGACGCAGGCAAACUUGUUUCUCUGAAGAAGAAAAAGGGCAAGGCCCAAGCCCAAAAGAAGGACCCUUCGGUCCAGCAUCCCGUUGAGGCUUUUUUUCAGAAGGAGGCAACUCAGCCCUCCGUUGCGGCUGCCGUUGCUGGCGUGGCCGAGGUGGCCUCAAAGAAGAAGAAAAUCAGUAAGGCAGCAGAGCCCCCUGCCAAGAAGCAGAGGGGUCCCGGGGAUAUUGCUGGCCAGGAGGCCCCCUUGGUGAUCAUAGAGUAUCGCCCCUCUCCUGAUCCCCCGGUUGGUACUGUGGCGAUAGCUCAGACUGAUCUUCCCCCCGGGAAGCUUCCCCUGGGAGAUUCUGCAACUCUCCUUGGCCCCGGGGGCUUCUGUGAUGCAUGGCUCAGCAGAGCCGAAGGCCUUCCUGAGGGGGAUCACCUCGGCGAUGGACAAGGCGGCCCUCUCGACUUAUGACGAUGAGGCCCUCGAGAGCAAGAUCUUUCGCUCUUCACUAGCUACUUGCAUAGCCCUCGGGGAGCAUGCACAGAGGCUCGAGCAAUGGCACCUCCAGAAAGCGGAGCAGGAUCGGGAGAUGAAGGAGCUUGUCCUGAAGAACUCCGAUGCCGUAGAGCAGAUGGCCCUGCUGGAGGAAGAUCUCCGGAAGGCUACCGAGGGCGCUGAGCAGAAGAUCAAGGCUGCCAUGGAGGAGGCCAGGCUCGAAGCCGAGAGGGUUGCCGCUGAGGCCUUCAAGAAGGCUGCCGAGGAGGCAGAGUCUGCCAAGGCCGAGGCCAUCGCCAAAGCCCGAGAGGAUGUUGUUGCUGCAUUCAUGGCCGAGGGGUGGAAGACCGAGGGGCGGCAGCAGUGGGUGGCCUCGGUUGUCGAGUCUUCGGUAGAUGACUGGGUGAAGGGCCCUGGGGCCGACUGUAUGGCAGAGAGGGGAGAUAGCUACUAUCAAGGGGGGUGAAUUCUUCACCCAGCAUCUAGUGUACCAGAGGCUCGCUAGGCACUUCAACGUCUCCCUCGAGGAGUUUAACCCCUCGGCAUAUGGCCUUCCUCCUCUGCAGCCGGAUGUAAGAAUCCCCCUCCCCCCAGGAGAAGAGAGGCCGGUGAUCCAUGAUUCCAUGAUGAUGGGGGGAUCCGGCGAUGGUGAUGUCGAGGCUGUUGUCGGGGAAGAGGUCACCUCGAAGCCCGCUGAGGAGACGAAGGCUGAAUGAAAUUUGUACUUAGCGG